CGCAUUUGCGACAUUGAAUUGUCACUGCCAGCAUUGGCGGGAAGGAUCGAUCGCCAUGUUUGACACGAUAUGCACGCUUCCACUCUCGUCGGAGCUGUUCGCGCAGGCUCUUCACCCGACAAACCCCUUGGUGGCCGUGGGACUUAGCUCCGGUCAUGUCGCGACUCUGAGACUGCCACCAGUUGAGGGUGAUGAUGAAGAUGAUGCCGAGGCAGAGGCAGCAGCAACCGGAAGAGGACAAGUCGAAGCAGCAUGGCGUACGCGCAGACACAAGGGCAGCUGCAGAAGUUUGGGCUACAGUCUGGAUGGAAGCACUCUGUUCAGUGCUGGUACCGACGGCAUUGUCAAGGGCGCCGACAGUGUCACCGGUAAGGUUGUCACCAAGAUCGCCAUUCCCCACGACCCCGCAACCGACGACAUUGACGAGCCCUCGAUCCUCCACAUUCUCAGUCCUCAAACAUUCCUCCUCGCAACCGACAGCUCUGCUCUCCACCUCUACGAUACCCGCGAAGCCAACUUCUCUACCUUCUCCUCUACUCGUCCUUCGCAAACACAUCACCCUCACGAAGACUACAUCUCCUCCUUGACACCACUUCCUGCCUCAGAGACCAGCACAUCUGGUUACAGCAAACAAUGGGUCACAACUGGUGGAACCACCCUCAGUGUAACAGAUCUGCGUCGCGGUGUCCUGGUCCGCAGCGAAGACCAAGAAGAGAUUCUGCUAUCCUCAUGUUUCGUGUCUGGCCUCCCUGCUCGCAAGACCAGCUCAUCAAAGGGCGAGAAGCUCGUCGUCGGUGGCGGAGAUGGUGUGCUCACACUUUGGGAACGUGGUGUUUGGGACGACCAAGACGAGCGCAUCACAGUAGACCGCAGUCCCGGUGGUGGAGAGAGUCUAGACGUGAUUCGCGUGCUUCCUCCAGGCGUGGGUCCAGGAGGCAAGGUCCUCGCAGUAGGCAUGGGCGACGGCAAAGUUCGCUUCGUCAAGCUCGGCCCCAACAAGGUCAUCUCAGAGAUCACACACGACGAAGUGGAGGGUGUCGUCAGCUUGGACUUUGAUGUCGCAGGCAGACUCAUCACAGCAGGUGGCAGCACCAUCAAGGUGUGGCACGAGAUGGUGGAUGAAGACCAACACGCCUACGUGGAUGGCGAUCUUAAGAGAGAAGCAGAGGGCAGCGAUGCAGACAGCGACAAGGAUGAUGACAGCGACAUGGGCAGCGAUGACAGCAGCGAUGAAGAAGAGACUGGUCGCAAGCGCAGAAAGAAGAGAAAGCGAUCAAAGGGCAAGGACAAGUCCGGAGGCAAGAGCAUGGGCUCGUUCGGUGGUCUGGAUUAGGAAGGCAGCACGAAGAAACAAAGACCC